AUGUCGUUCUUCUCCGGCUCCUCCAAGCUGUCCAACGCAUCGCCCAUCCCACCCGCCGUCCCCAAAGCCGCCGCCGUCGCCCUGCUGCACGACCACGACUUCUUCCUGCGCUGCGACCCGCACUACGUGUCGCACAAGGCACUCUCCGAUUCCGACACCGCGUCUGGGUCUGGGUCUAGGUCUGGUUCGGUGAAGCUACCCCCCGGCUUGACGCCUUUGCCGGGAGGGAACGGGGUGAAGGUGAAGGUGAAGGUGAAGGUGAAGGCGUAUGAGGUCGUCGACCACGUGCCCAACCCCGUGUGGAGCAGCACCGUGGUCAGCAGGGAGGAGUUUGUGGAUUUUGAGGCGGGGCUUUGGGUUAGGAUAAGGAGUCCUAUGGGGGUUGUUAUGGAGACUACUUGGACGGUGAGGGAGAGGAAGAACACGGAAGGGGAGGGUGGGUUGGAGCUUGUCGAGGAUGUCGCGAUUAGCUGCUCCAAGCUGCUGCUGGGCAUUGUGAGGGGACAGGUCGAGGGGAAUUGGAGGGGGAUCCAUGGGAAGAUUGUUGGGAGGUUGGUCGAGGAUGCUGGGAAGGGGGGGGUGUAG